AUGUGUCUACUAAGGAUAGGGCAAUCAUUAAAAGCCAUUUCAUCAGUGCAAGUUGCUGUGGAGAUUGGAAAAGAGCUUGCUUCUCAACGGAAACUCCUCAAUGAAAUCUUGCUGAAGGUGUCCAACAGUGGAACACCAGUGGACCUCCAGGAAGAUGUACAGUUUCCACUAACUGAUGAGGCUGCCCUUGAAGCUCUUGAAGGCAGACUGAAGGAAAAGGCAUUUAGAAUGUCUUUGGUUGAUCGCCUAAAGCUUAUUGGCGGAAGCACCGUAAAGGAAACCGUCCAAAGAACCAUGAAGUAUGUCCUUGGACAUACUAUUACUUCUCAAUAUAACUGGCUGGGACAAAAAUGUUGGAAGAACAAUGGACCAAGCAAGAAAGCAUUUGCUAAUUUUCAGCUAUGUGCUGCAAUCACUAGAGCUGUUCUCAAAAAUCCCCUGCUUACAACAGCAACAGAAAAGGAGGCUCACAGUGAGAUGAUGCUUUGGCUGAGAAAUUCGGGGACAGGGACGGGGCCGAAAGAAAAGGCUACUGACUAA